CCUAUACUAACGAUUAUGUUUAUGACUUUUAAUAGCAUCCGAAUUCAUGCCGAGCAGCGAAGUCCACCGCCUGGAGAUACUACCUGCAUUGAGCAAUGCGCCCGCCCGCACAGCUGCCUCUGAAAAUGACUCAAAUGAUACGAUCAGCAUCCUUGAACAAGGGUACAUUAUCCUUGUCUCUGGCCGGAUCCUUCUCGGAAGUCCCUCCGGCUCUGCAAUGUCCUUUAGUGGAGCUGACCACCAAGAACUGUCUCUUGCAUUCUUUGACGGACAGACAUGGUUCCCUUUCAUACAGAGUUCUCAAAACGGCACCUCCUCAACAAUCGCAGGCCCCAAGGCAGGAUCCUUUGGCCCCACGACACCAGUGGGCACAUUCCUCGAUCCCGGUAAUAACAUUCUUCUGAACCCCCAUCCAUUCGACUCUGGCCUUGUCAAGAGAGCUACUCUCGGUGACGCCGCAUCCGUGCAAAUGCGUCUUCGCGACCAAGGCGUGUUCCGGGCUCUGGCGAUUGCGCAUCUGCCACGGAUCGUCGCUCAGGACUACCUGCCCCUCAAAUACAUCAUCCUCAUCGCAGUCGGCAUUUCCUUGGGACUUAUCUUCUUUAUCAUUCUGGGCGCAUUCCUGUACGUCUGGUUGAAGGGCCGUCUAUCUAAAGGCGGACCAACUAAGCGUCCGAAACUGGGGUCUUCGUUUAUGGAGGACGGAUAUGCUGGGCACGGAAUUCGGAAUGUAGGGACGGAUCCACUUGGCCUGAGACAAGGCACCACCUUUGCUAGCGAUGCGGAUUUCAAAAGCGAGAAGGUGGGAUCUCUCUUCAAGUCCAAGAAGAACGGUCUAGGGAAUUCAUCCGCAAACCUGGCAUCAUUAAGUAUCUCAUGCGCGGCGAUCGAGUCGGCUAACAACAGCUAUCGACCGAACUCGACGAUCGCGGAGACGACGGAUGCGCUGGUGACCGAGUUCGUGAGAAAUCAUCAGCAACAGCUUGCAGGUGAACCAAGCGCGUCCUCCGAACAACAGCAACAAGAAGAAAAGAGUGGGCCUGUAGCCCCACCAUCGCCCGACAGACGCAGCAAACGGCCACUCAAAUGCAAACCCCAAAACCAGAACUCGAGCAGUAGCGAUCUCACGAAUCCGGUUGCGCAAGCCGGUCGCUUCCCAACCCUCCUAGCCGUAGGCUACAAUCCCUCAACUCCCAACUCCAAUGCACCCACAUCACCAGUAACAACCAUGAGCACACCAAGGGAUAUCACUGGCGCCAGCACCGCAGCCGUAGGCGCAGAGGCCUCGAAUAUGAAUGACACCAAUAAUCCAGCUGCAGCCGCGGCCGUGCCAGGGGGCGUGUUCUACUAUGCGAAAUAUCCAUUCCGCGCACGCGAGAUCGGAGAGCUAGGUUUCCAAGCUGGCGCGCGCAUCUUGGUCGUCGACAUGAGCGAUGAUAUCUGGUGGAUGGGCGUGGUUCAAAACGCCAACGGCCAGCAAAUGCAUGGUGUCUUCCCUUCCAACUACGUCGGACCAACACCAUAGAAAUACAUAGACGUACUUUUUACUGAUAGACAGCCAUCCAUUUCAUUCAUUCAUUCAUUCAAAUUGUUCAGCUUACAAGUGCGAAUAGACGGAGAGACAGAAAUAAAGCCAAACGCUGGUUUCUUGAGUGGAAAACUAGUCGCUAUCGCCCUCCAGUUCAUCUUCCUCCACCUCAUCCGCCUCUGCCACCUCUACCUCGUCAGUGUUACUUCCGUCACCCUC